AUGGGACAUCAAGUGCCUGUGGUACUGGAGCCGCCUGUCAUGAGCCGACUACUGACAGACCCACCGAGUCACGUGGCCAGGCAGGCAGAGCAGCAAUCCAGUGGAGGUGGCACCUUCAGGACCAGGCCCAACUGGGGCCAGAGGCUCAAGUCAGAGGCCCGGAGCUCUCUGGGGGAUCCUGGGAGGCGCUCCUUCAAACAGAAUCCGUGUCUCCUGGACCUGCACGGUGCAGGCGGCACGUGCCGUGCUGGGCGCCCAGGGGCCGAACGCCGGGGGUGCCAGGGAGCCAGGGACCCACUCACCCUCCACCCAGGCCCCGCCCCCGGUUUCCCGCGCCGGCUCCUGAGGCUUCCCGCCGCCGGCGCUCCCACCCAGCCCCACUCCCCUCCACCGCGCGCGUGCGCCCCACCCCGCGCCCCUCCCCCGCCGCCGCCGCGGGCGCGCGCGCGUGCCCGUGGUCCCGGGCGAGAGCUGGAGACGGCCGGGCCGGCUGCAGGCCGGAGGACUAGGGCCGAGAGUGCCGGAAGCGCGACCGGACGAGGCGGGAGCGCGGGCGCGGACCUGGCCGCGGGUGGGGGCCGCCGCCGCCCCCCAGCCAGCGGGCCAGGCCGCGGCGCCGAGCGCGAGGGCCGGGCUCCCAGGGCCGGCGGCCAUGGGCGGGAGCCGGAGGCGGCAGCGGCAGCGGCAGCGGCGGGCCCGGCGGGCGGGGAGGCGCGCGGCCCACGGCCCCUGACGCCCCCAGCGGCCCGGCGCGCCCCCGCGCCUCCUGGGGGGGCCGUAGCCAAGCAACGCCUGGCGCGCCCGCCCAUCCCCCGCUGCCCUUUUUUUCCUGGCCGGGUGUGA